CUGUGUUUUUAUGAAUGAAAGGAAUCUGUGAGUGAGUAAUUCCAGGAAACUGUAACAUUACAACUCAGCAGUUCUGAGCGAGCACGCCUACAGCUAGCGCUCAGUGCUAAGGACCCCCUGCCCCUCCAUUCCACGAGAUAGCAGCUUGACACCCACGAGGCAAAAAUGUCAUCUGACGGACUGUCAUCCAAGGCAUUAAAGGUGAAAAGGGAAAUGGGAGAGAACACACCAAUUCUCUCAGAUGAUGAACUAAUGUCCAUGUCCGUGCGGGAGCUGAACCACCAUUUGCGUGGUUUAUCCAAAGAGGAGGUAGUCAGACUGAAACAGAGAAGAAGGACCCUGAAGAAUCGGGGUUAUGCAGCCAGCUGUCGUGUCAAGCGCGUUUCACAGAAGGAGGAACUAGAGAAGCAAAAAAACGACCUGCAACAGGAAGUCGAUAAGCUGGCGCAGGAGAACUCAACCAUAAAACUGGAGCUGGAUGCAUUGAGAGCCAAGUAUGAGGCUUUGCAAAAGUUUGCGCACUCGGUGUCCCGGGGAACAAUCACUCCAGCUAAAGUAGCUGCCACCAGCGUUAUUACCAUCGUCAAGUCCUCAGGAAACUCCUAUUCCUAACAAUGGAAACAUUGCCAGUUUCUUCCUGUCCCAUCUCACCUCAUCAAUACCUACAAUUCAUGCAGUAGAAUUCUUAAACCACAGCCUUACAAUGACGGGCAUUGAAAAAAAGACUUCUUUGGCCUGCUCUAAUAGGUGUGCAUUCUUGCUAUAUGCAGGCUAGGCAGAUGACCCCUGUCUUUGUGUGCAUUGCUUUAUGGCAGGUCAGAAUGUGUGCCAUGAGGUUUCCAGUUAGAAAUACUCAGCCUUCAAGGAAUGUAUGGUCACGAUUAAGCAGAAAUUAUGUUUUUCAUGUAUGUUUUUGGUCAUACCUUGACUCCAGAGGGCAACAACUGUCUUUUUGCAGUGAAAUCUGAUAGAAAAGGGUAAAACAAAACCAGUUUUCAUUAGCAUCAGUGCUAACUGUGUGUUACUAUGAAGCUUUGUACCAGUUUUGUGGCAAUCCAUAUGUAUACGUUUAACACAGGGAACGAUGAGUUUCUUAAAUGUACGGAUUCAAUGUUAAAUUUGGAUUACUAAUAUGGACAUAUAUGUGGAGGGCAGUAGUCACGUGCAGAUGGACAAAAGAAGGUAGCGGAAAGAUUUU